AUGGCAGAAGACAUUAAGACCAAAAUCAAGACCUACCAGACUUCCUUUUUUGACAGGCACUUCCCCAAUCAGAACCAGACCAGGAACUGUUGGCCAAACUACCUGGAUUUCCACCAUUGUGAAAAUACAAUGACUGCUAAAGGGGGUGAUGUCUCUGUGAGCAAAUGGUAUGGGCAUGUGGACAAGUCCUUUUGCACCAUAUCCUGGGUGUCUGCCUGGGAUGACCGCUAG